GAACUAGCACGGAAAUAUUCCCCCCGGGGGGGAUAUAUGUCUGAUAUGGCCCGCAUGCUAGUUGAACCACCUUUUGGAUUCCACCUUCCUCGAACUCUGCGCGGGGUAGCUUUUAUAGCUUUGAGCAAAGAUAGCACUAAGCUCCAGGAUGGUAGUCUCAGAUACAUCAGAGUCGAAAUGCGACGUUCUCGUUGUCGGAGCCGGGCCUGCGGGCCUAAUGAUGGCAGCGUGGAUGGCUAGAUGCGGUAUCAGCGCUCGAGUCGUCGACAAACGCGGCACGAAGAUCUACGCGGGUCAAGCAGAUGGCCUACAAAUACGUAGUCUGGAGAUUUUCGAUAGCUUUGGGUUCGCUGAUCGGGCGUGGAAAGAGGCGAAUCAUAUGAUAGAGAUGUGCAUGUGGAACCCGGGCGACGAUGGCACAAUUCGACGGUCAGACCGCGUCCCCGAUGUACCGAUUGGCCUCUCUCGCUUCCAACAAAUCGUCCUGCACCAAGGCCGUAUAGAACGCUUCUUUCUUGACCACAUUAAGAAGCACUCUAAGGACACGCUCCACGUUGAACGUGCUGUACUCCCCGAAACGUUCCACAUUGCCGAAGAUAAGUUAGACGACCAUUCUCCAGACAAUUAUCCGAUUACAGUUCAGCUGAGGCAUUUGACGGAAGAGGAAGCUGCACCUGCUCAGAGUACUGGGUCAACAGUCAGUGAUGGGCUGUUUAGGAGCAAUCUGGCCGAGGAUGAUACCAACGAGCUUAUUGCGAGGAGCAGAGAAAAGGCCGGCAGCACCGAGACAGUGAGGGCGAAAUACAUGGUAGGAUGUGAUGGAGCGCAUAGCUGGACCCGGAAUCAGCUGGGCUUUCAGCUCGAGGGUGAGCCUACAGACUUUAUCUGGGGUGUGCUCGAUGUGAUACCCAUCACCGACUUCCCUGAUAUUCGGAUGCGCUGCGCUGUUCACAGUGCGUCAUCUGGAUCGCUCAUGGUCAUCCCUCGCGAGAACAAGCUUGUACGGCUCUACAUCCAGCUCACCGAGAUCAAGCCAGACGCAAGUGGGCGCGCCGAUCGAUCGAAGAUAAAUCCUGACACCAUCAUCAAAGCCGCGCAGAAGAUCAUUGCACCGUAUACUUUGACAUACGAGUACUGCGACUGGUGGACAGCAUACCAAAUCGGUCAAAGAGUCGGCACGAAUUUUGAUUAUAGAACAAGGGUGUUCUUGGCUGGUGAUGCUGUACAUACGCACUCGCCAAAGGCCGGGCAGGGUAUGAACGUGAGCAUGCAAGAUUCAUUCAAUCUGGGCUGGAAACUUGGGUUGGUUGUAAAAGGAAUCGCCCAACCUUCGAUACUGAAGACGUACCAGUCGGAGAGGCGAAGAAUUGCGCAGGACCUUAUUGAUUUUGACCACAAAUUCUCCCGACUGUUCUCUGGCCGUCCAGCGAAAGAUGUCAUGGAUGAGGAAGGCGUGAAUAUGGAAGACUUCAAGCAAGCGUUCCUCAAAGGCAAUCUGUUCGCGUCAGGUCUCUCGGUCGAGUACGGGACGAGCAUGUUAGUCGCGAAACCAGGAAAUGCGGUGGAUCAGGGCGAUGGAACUGACGUGUCCUCCAACCUGGCUAACAAGGUCAUCGGACGGCAAGAGCUGGCUUCUGACAUCAAGCUGGGCAUGCGUUUCCCCAGUUACAAGGUGCUGAACCAGGCUGAUGCCCGACCGUGGGAGUUUCAACAGCGGCUGAGAAGCGAUGGACGGUUCCGAAUCAUCGUGUUUGCGGGCAAUAUUGUCAAUUCGCUGCAGAGUGCCCGCCUGCAAGCCUUCUGUCAGCAUUUGGCGGCGUCGUCUCUCUUGGCUCCCCAUUUGUACCAGCACAUCGAUGUUCUCACGCUCCACUCGUCCAGGCGCACCGAUGUCGAGCUGCUACGGGAUUUACCUGAUGUACUGCAUCCGUUCGACGCAAAGACAGGAUGGGAUUACGAGUCGGUGUACGUGGACGAUGUGAGUUAUCACGAGGGAUAUGGGGAUGCGUACAAGGGGUAUGGGGUCAACAGAGAGACGGGAUGUGUAGUAGUUACACGGCCAGAUCAUCGGGGGCGUAAUUUAGUUACUUUAGUAAGAGCGGCUAAUAAUAAACAAUUAUCUGGGCUCUUCGUCGUCGUAACACAAUGCAAGCGAACCCGGGGCCGCCCCAUGGGUUUCCCUGGUUGGCCCUCUGUGGUUGCUACGACAACGCCCGAGAACGACACAAGGGCCGGGCGUCCCGCGCCCCAUGAUGGUCUGGAGAACAGCAAUUGCACCCGUGUUUACCAGGACAUUCAUAUCGCGUUUUCGCGUCUCCAUCGUUAUUCCAGUAGGACAAGAAGAUUACUCAAACGCCACGGACGCGAAUUAUCCUCCUUCACGCGACACAAACAAACAAAUACAGGCCCACUUGUCGCAAUGGACCCGUCCACAACACCGGGCGGCGGGCAUCAUCGACGGCCACCUGCAUAUGAUGACGAGGAUGGCCUCUCACCACACAUGCAAGGAGGCUCAACAAUGCGCUUGUUGACAAACGUGGACGAGAGCCAGAGCUACAUGCCAAGACGCUCGCUCGAGUCGCCUUCUUUCAUGUCGAGCGCAAGAAGCAAUACCGCAGCGCUAGGCGAGCGCAUGACGCCGUCUGAGGUUGGCCAGCAGAAGGCGGCCGAGGCGGGCAUUGUUGACUUCCUGCGCGAAGCGGGGGAUGCGCUCAAGUCGAGCUCCUCCAACGCUGCGCCUGCGCCUACGUCGCAUUUGCAUUCGCAUUCUCAUUCUCACUCGCACAUGCCGCGACGGAAGACGAUCAAGUCAAUGUUGGUGGACCGCAUGUCUCCUACAAAGUCGAAUAUGACGCGCGAUCCAGGCUUACCGUUGCAACCCAUUCACAGACCCCCAUCGCCAGUGUCACGAACAUACCACCGUCGCGCAGCCUCGUCAGUAUCGGGGCUGUCGCGCACCCCGUCAGUGCUCGAUACUGCGCCCAACAUGCCCCCGCCGGGGGACGACUCGCCUUCCUACAUACCCUACCGUCGACCCAUCUCGCCGGAUCGUCCAGCUCCAGGGCGGCCCUACUCGCCUACACGCACAUCAGUCGACUACUCGCGACCGCCCGCGUCCGUCAAUUCAUACGAACCUGUAGAUAUAAACGGCAGUCCGCGGCCAGGCAGUCCUAAGCGGGUCUUGCCUCCUGCGCCAUUGUUUGCUGGCGGCGCCCGACCAGUCUCUCGCGACUCAGAGCUAACUAUGGAUAUGACGGACAUGACAUCGAUCCCUAUAGACCCCGACGAUCCCUUCACCGAGCACAUGGAUGACGACCGCCCUGACCUGCAGUCGCGCAACUCGUACAUGACCGACGACACCUACACAGACGUAGACGAUGCUACAAUCGACGAAAAGGCAGAGCACUAUGGGCCGGCUCCCGAUGGUGCACAGGCACGGCGUGGAGUCCGCGAUGCAGUCAUGACAAAGAAGGAGGUCCGUCUGAUCAACGGUGAACUCAUCCUGGAAUGCAAGAUCCCGACCAUCCUAUACAGUUUCCUUCCGCGACGCGAUGAUAUCGAGUUCACUCACAUGCGCUACACAGCCGUAACUUGCGAUCCGGACGACUUCGUUGAUCGAGGUUACCAACUGCGUCAAAAUAUUGGCACUGAACGCGAGACAGAGCUCUUCAUCUGUAUCACCAUGUACAACGAGAACGAGCUCGACUUUACGCGGACCAUGCACGGUGUUAUGCAGAACAUCAGCCACUUUUGUUCCCGAAUGAAGUCACGUACCUGGGGCAAGGACGGAUGGCAAAAGAUUGUUGUGUGCAUCAUCGCUGAUGGCCGUGGAAAAGUCCAUCCUCGAACGCUAGAUGCGAUCGCCGCCAUGGGAUGCUUCCAGGAGGGCAUUGCGAAGAAUCACGUCAAUCAGCGAGAGGUCACAGCCCACGUUUACGAGUACACGACACAGGUCUCUCUCGAUUCCGACCUCAAAUUCAAAGGUGCAGAGAAGGGCAUUGUACCUUGUCAAAUGAUCUUCUGCCUAAAGGAGCGAAAUUCGAAGAAGCUCAACUCACAUCGUUGGUUCUUCAAUGCCUUUGGCAGAGCGCUGAACCCCAACAUCUGCAUUCUUCUGGACGUCGGAACCAAGCCAGGGCCCAAAGCACUCUAUCAUCUCUGGAAAGCAUUCGAUACGGAUUCAUCAGUUGCCGGAGCGGCAGGAGAAAUCAAGGCCGGAAAAGGCAAGGCCUGGCUCGGUCUGCUCAAUCCACUGGUCGCGUCGCAGAACUUCGAGUACAAGAUGUCCAACAUCCUUGACAAGCCGUUGGAAUCUGUCUUUGGCUACAUUACUGUGUUGCCAGGCGCUCUUUCAGCGUAUCGAUACCAUGCGCUGCAAAACGAUCACACAGGCCACGGUCCUUUGAGCCAGUACUUCAAAGGAGAAACAUUGCAUGGUCAAGAUGCCGAUGUCUUUACUGCGAAUAUGUACUUGGCCGAGGAUCGUAUCUUGUGUUGGGAGCUUGUAGCGAAGCGCAGCGAACAAUGGGUGCUGAAGUAUGUCAAAGCUGCGACUGGUGAGACAGAUGUGCCAGACACCGUUCCUGAAUUCAUCUCACAGCGUCGACGCUGGCUCAACGGAGCUUUCUUUGCUGCCGUAUACUCGCUCUUGCACUUCAAACAGGUAUGGCAAACCGACCACACCAUCUGGCGCAAGAUUCUUCUCCAUAUCGAGUUCGUCUACCAGUUUGUGCAACUAUUGUUCACAUUUUUCUCGCUCGCCAACUUUUACCUCACAUUCUACUUCGUCGCCGGUUCACUCGCAGAUAAGCAACUCGAUCCCUUUGGCCACAACAUCGGAAAAUACAUCUUCUACAUUUUGAAGUACACUUGUACGCUACUCAUCUGCAUGCAAUUCAUCUUGUCGAUGGGAAACCGACCUCAGGGUGCGAAAAAGAUGUUCCUCUGGAGCAUGGUCAUGUAUGGUGUUAUCAUGGCGUACACGACAUUCGCGUCUGUCUACAUCGUCUUCCGCCAACUAAAAGACCCAGAGGAAGAAAAGAAGAUUGGGAACAACGUCUUCACUAACCUCAUCGUCUCGGCGUCAGCAACCAUGGGUCUCUACUUCCUAAUGUCUUUCAUGUAUCUGGAUCCUUGGCACAUGUUUACCUCUAGCGCGCAGUACUUUGCUCUCUUGCCAAGUUACAUCGCAACACUACAGGUCUACGCAUUCUGCAACACACACGACAUCACCUGGGGUACCAAGGGCGACAAUAUCGCCAAAACGGAUCUAGGAGACGCGAGAGGGAAAACCAAGAACGUGGUCGAACUCGAGAUGCCAAGCGAGCAACUGGACAUCGACUCUGGCUACGAUGAAGCGCUUCGUAAUCUGAGAGAUCGUGUCGACGUUCCCCCUCCACCGCUAUCCGAGACACAGGCACAGGAGGAUUAUUAUAGAGCAGUACGAACCUACAUGGUCAUUGUGUGGCUCGUCAGCAACGCCAUCCUCGCCAUGACCGUCAGCGAAGUCUACUCGGACCGCUCCAUCAAGAAAAACCACUACCUCAGCUUCCUUUUAUGGGCCGUCGCAGGCCUCGCCCUCUUCCGCGCCAUUGGCUCCACGACUUUCCUUGUCAUCAACAGCAUUCAUGCGGUCAUGGAGACGAAGCUCAAGUGGGAGGAUAAAAUGGAGGAUAAGAAGAAUAGCACAGGGUUGGGCGGGGGGCGGAGGAAGUUUGGUGGUAGAUUCGGUGGCCGAUGGGGUGGUGUAGGCGGUAGUUGGUUCAGUGGGAGUGCAAUUUCUAGUAAGCUGAGUAGUAUGACGCCUAGUAGUUGGAGUGGAAGUAGUAGAGGAUGAACCACCUGCGUUGAAAGAGGCUGGUGUGUCACGACUAUCAUGAUUUGGAUUUUUUGGCGUUUCGGGCGGGCUUUGGACAGAUGAUACCUACGCCGGG